GCUGGAAUCAAUUAUUUAACACAGCUGAUCGGGGCUAACAUUUCACCUAAAGCAGCCAGAAAUAACGCCUUAAAUGCUGAACAAAAAAUCUUGAUUACAUUACGAUAUUUAGCAACUGGCUUAAUACAGUUAAAUGAUGCGGACAUACAUGGCGUCAGUCAGCCAACAGUGUCACGUGUGUUGACUGAAGUUAUUAAUGCUCUGUCAUCACCUGCGUUGAUUAGGCAAUUUAUUAGGUUUCCAGGUAGUGUUGAAGAAUUCAGACGGAAUGCCGUGCAAAUGCAGGGGAUUGCACGGUUUCCGAAAGUCAUUGGGGCCAUAGACGGAACCCAUAUUAACAUUGCCUCACCCAAUCAACAUGAAGAAAUUUAUGUCAACAGAAAAGGGAAACAUAGUAUAAAUGUUCAAGUUGUUUUUGACGGAUGGUACAAUAUAAUUGAUGUUGUUGCACGCUGGCCUGGAUCCGUGCAUGACAGUAGAGUUUUAAGAGAAAGCUCGUUAAACAACCUUUUUGAGAAUGGCCACAUGCCACACGGUUUCCAUCUGCUUGGGGACAGCGGCUAUCCAGCCAAAAGGUGGCUGCUUACCCCUUUCCUAGCUCCGCAAACCCAGGCCGAACAAGCCUAUAACAGGAGCCACAAAGUCACUCGAGCUUUGGUUGAGAGAGGGAUAGGUCAGUUAAAGAGGAGAUUUGGCAUUCUACAUAGGGAAAUAAUCCUCCAGCCAGUUAAAGUGUGCAGGUGA